AUGUCCAAAUAUGACGCAAAGCACACGUUGCAUCGAUGUAAAUGCAAGAUACGUACGGGAAGUGUUCGGAUCAUUCUCCAAGAUUAUUAUCAUAGAAAUUCUCAUGAUGAUCAGCCUUUGAAUGUGGAAAUAAUGUUGAACAAGAAAUUCUCAUUGCAACAAUUGGGAAAGAAGAAAUGGCUUUUGAAUCGAGAAUUAAAAUACAAACAAUUCUUUCCAGUCGAAUUUAUGAACGAUCCUGAAUUUGUGUUGAAUCAUAUUAAAAAGUAUGAAUGUGGAUUGGAAUUUGCAUCUACACAAUUAAAACGAGAUCGAGAUUUUGUUUUGAAAGCAGCUCAAUACAAUGGGUUCAGGUUACAGUAUGCAUAUUAUCGCUGUGAUGAUAAAGAAGUGAUAUUGACAGCCAUAAAAACAGAUGUUUUUGCAUUUAAAACUGCUCCAAAAAAGCUUCAAGGAGACAAGGAGUUUGUGUUGGAAGUGGUGAGGCAGAAUGGAAUGGCUCUUUUGUGGGCUUCUAAAUUUCAUCAUGACAGGGAGGUUGUGUUGACUGCCGUCCAACAAAAUGGAACUGCAUUGCAAUUUGUUAAAUAUGCCAGCUUAAGAAAUUCGAAUUGGUACCGAACAGUUGCAUUGGAAGCAAUCAAACAAGAUAAGAAGGCACUUCAAUAUGUUUCCCACAAGUUACUUAAAAAUCAUGAUUUCAUGUUACAAGCUCUCAAAUUAAUAUUUCCAGAAGAGUUUGAAACCUCAUGCUCUUUUGAUUAUUCAUCGAAAGAAAUCAUGAUGAAGAUCAUUCAAGAAUUUGGAUUGUUACUUGAAUUUGUGUCAAGUGAACUCAAAAGUGAUCGAGAAAUUGUUUUGAGUGCAGUCAGAAAUCAUGGUCGUUCGUUGAAAUAUGCAUCAGAUGAUUUGAGAAAUGACAAAGAAAUUGCAUUAAUUGCUGUUCAACAAGAUGGUUGGGCAUUAGAAUAUGUUUCUUCAGAUUUGAAAGGAGACAAACAAGUUGUGUUGGCUGCGGUGAAUCAAAGUGGAUAUGCUCUUCAAUAUGCAUCAGAAGAGUUGAGGAAUGAUCGAGAAAUAGUCUUGACUUCAGUUACUCACGAUGGAUAUUCUUUGUGUUAUGCUUCAAAUGGGAUGAAGCAAGACAGACAAGUUGUGUUGACAGCUGUAAAACAAAGGUGUGAAGCCAUUGAAUUCGCUGAUGAUGAAUUGAAAAAAGACGAAGAAAUUGUGUUGGAAGCCGUCAGACGAGAUCGCAAUUGUUUUCAUUAUAUUUCAAGGAAAUUAUUUUGUGACAAAUCAUUCUUGUUGAAAGCAGCAAAGUUUGGAGGUAAAACACUUCUACGAUACACACCCAAAGAAAUUACAGAUGAUCAUGAAUUUAUGGUGAAACUUCGAGAAGAAAUCAAAAGAUCUGGAUUUAUUUCAGAGUACAGUGACGAAUUGUAUCAAGAAAUAAUGGAAACCUUUUAUCAUGGAGUGUAUUUAGGUUCUAGUUUGGAAAAUAGGAGGAAUCAUUAA